AUGACGCAUGCGAUGCUCACAGCGCAGAAUGCGCUCCCCAAUCCGCCCCCGGCUCCGCCGUCGCUACCCUCAAACGACCCGUAUAUGACUAAAUCCUCGUCCGCCCCCUCCUACACCGGAAUCCAGCAGAUGUCGAAUCACACGGGGGCAUAUGCCCCCUACGGACAGACUAGCUUAGCGAUUCAUCCCCCCGGACGGGUGGCAUCCAACCCGCCCCCGCAUCAUCUCAACUACCAGCGACAGCCGUGGCCCUCAUAUUCGUUACCGGCCAUGAACGGACCCGUGAUGACGAACAUGCACAAUCCGAACGGACAGAUGUCGCUCGUCGGCAAUCUGCAACCGGGCCUGUUCACCAGCGGUCAAUUGGCCAUGCAGCAAAUGUACGGGGGCCAUCCAUCCCACGCGGGCCACCCACCGGGUCCGACGAACGACCGACCCUUCAAGUGCGACCAGUGCCCGCAGAGUUUCAACCGGAACCACGACCUGAAGCGACAUAAACGGAUCCAUCUGUCGGUGAAGCCGUUCCCCUGCCAUCAUUGCGAUAAAAGCUUCUCUCGCAAGGAUGCAUUGAAGCGACAUAUUCUUGUCAAGGGCUGCGGCAAAGACGUGUCCGAUGCGAUCCCGAAGCAGGAGAGUGAAUCGGUGAAACAGGAAGAUAAAGACCUGGACCAUGGCCUGUCGGUUUAG